UGAAACUGCGAAUAAACAAAAUGAUCUGGCAACUCCUGAGCAUUUGUCUACUAUGUUCAGCAUCACUAGCCGAGAACUACGUGCAAGCAGACCUUAGCUUCACAGAUACUAACAGCAGGUUCGACCUCACUGAAAUGAUGGGUGCUGUAGACAGGUCCAUGAGACAUAGGACCCCACUAGUAGACGACGAUGAUUCCUUCAGACGUCAAGGAGUUAAAGUACCAUUGACUAGAAGAGCUGACGAUGAUGGUGAUUUUGCUUACCAUGAUAGAAUGGACAGCAAAGAAGGUGGGACGAUGUCUGAUUUUGAAGAGAAUUUGAAGCAUUUCCAGCGUAUUAAAGGUCCGAGUAGAAGACUCGAUGAUGACGAUUCAGAGCAAAGGGUUAGAAGAAGUGCAGAUGAGAGUGAAGUUCUAAUGAACCAUGUUCUGCCUUUUAUUUUUAAAGUUGACGGCUAUUUGAGACCUCCUUUGUAAAUGUUCUUUGAUUAAAAUAAAAUUAUGACUUA